UUAAUUGUUGCACAUUCUGACAAACAUGCAUGCAUGCAUGUCAAGUUAUGUACUCUAGCACAAUGCACAUCCUCUUCCAUUAGUACACCAUAUGUCACAUAAAAACCAUUAAAUUAUAGAGCUAUGUUUAGAUUUAAAACAAAAACUUAGAGUAAUCUCUAUCUCUCAUCUACUAGCAAUAUUAAAAAAACUGAAGAUGAUUUUACCAUUACUCUGGUACGUUAUCUGUCUUUAAAUCUGUAUUUAAGUUUGUUCGUUUUUGAAAAUACAGAUAUAUGUUUGAAUCAGUUUUUAAGUUUACUCACUUUUAGAAAUACAAAAGAAAUAAUAUAAUAAAUCUCUUUAAAAGAACUCGUAUGCUAAUCUGAGACGAGAGUCCGAAUUGCAGUUCAUGAUUUCCUAAAUAAAUUAUCCAAGCACAUUUCACCAUAACUAAACAGUAUAAUAAUAAUAAUAAUAAUAAUAAUAAUAAUAAUAAUAAUAAUAAUAAUAAUAAUAAUAAUAAUAAUAAUAAUAAUAAUAGUUUUAACCUAUUGCAAUGCACGAGUGUAUAUAUAUAUAUUGCUAGUGUUUAAAUAUUAUAGGAGCCGGAGUAGCAUUCUAUUACUAGAUUGUUUGCAUCGCGUGGAAGGACGUAAACCCGGUCGAUCAGUCACUGUCUGGUGGACCCUCGCCGGCGGAGGUAAAAUAAAAAAAUAACGCAGUCACAAUGACACGGGGCUCUGUCGGAGCCAUCCAACCUGUAGCGUAUAUGCAUGCAUUCGUACAGGAGCACGCCAAGACAAGCCGCAAUCGAACCAUGUCGCUUCGCUUUGACACAUGUUAAUUAGCUAGCUAGCUAGCUAACAAUUCGUCGUCACAAACUAAACCAAACCAAAUCACACGCAUCUGUAUAAAAAGCAUUCGUGCGUGCAUAUCCAUCAACCAACCGCAACAUUGCAUUGCUAUCGAUCGAGGAGAUCGAGCAUGGCUGGCAGCACGUUCAAUUGUUUCGGUGCAUGCAUGCAGCAUCACGCUCAACAAGUUCAUGAGCCCAAGAAGGUGGUGGCGCCGUCGUCGAGCUUCGAUUUCCGGGAGGAGUACACGAGCGCGUUCCGGACCGAGUCGUACAACGACUUCUGGGCGCGCGUCCUGGACAUCACCCUCGCGCACGGCGCAGCCCUGGUGCCGCGCCAUGGCGGCGGCGGCGGCUGCGCGGCGUCGAAGCGGCUCCCCUCCUACCGCCUCUUCGCCGAGCACCUGCUCGAGCCGGACCAGCGCGCCGUCGCCGCAGCCCUCGCGUCGCCGCGCGGGAGCCGCCUCCGCCCCGACGUGCGCGGCCUCCUCGCCGCCUACUACGCCGAGACGGCCAACGCCUCGUUCCUCUGCAGCCACCUGCUCAAGGACAUCGAGCAUAUACGCCUCCGCUACCGCCCGCUCAAGCACACGCUCCGCAAGCUCGCCUCCGACGUCGGGGUGUCCGGCCUCGCCGACGUCUCCGCCGCGCUGGGGCAGCCGUUCACCGCGCUGGCCGCGUCGCAGGGGAGGCUCCGGGAGGUGCAGGCCGGCUCGGGCGACCUGCUCAGGGGCCUCGACGCCGGGAGGAAGAAGGCGCGCCACCGGAUCAGGAGCGUCGCGCGGCUCAGGCGGGCGCUGUCGGUGUCCUUCGUCACGGCCGUCGCCGUCGUGGCCGUCGUCGGCGCCUGCAUCGGCGUGCACAUCCUGGCGGCGUUCGCGGCGUUCCCGAUGAUGUCGCCGGCGUGGCUAGGGGAGCGGUUCUUCUCCGGGCGGGCGGCGCGGCGGGCGCUGGUGCAGCUGGAGGCCGCGGCGAAGGGCACGUACAUACUCAACCGGGACAUGGAGACGAUCAGCCGGCUGGUGGCGCGGGUGCGCGACGAGGGGGAACACAUGGUGGCGCUGCGGCGGCUGUGCGUGGAGCACCGGCCGGCGGCGGGCGCCGGCGGGAAGGGGAGGCUGGUGCAGGAGGUGCUGAGGCAGCUGAGCAAGAACGAGGAGAGCUUCAGGCAGCAGCUGGACGAGCUCGAGGAGCACCUCUUCCUCUGCUUCAUGACCACCAACAAAGCCAGGAUCAUGGUGAUGAACUUCAUGGCUGCUGCUGCAAGGUAGAGCUCUGGAUGCAUCAACAUGAUGAAGGAAAAAGGAAAUUCGUACCUCUGUAGGACACAUUUUAGUCUUUGUACAUAACAACAGUAGAUUUAUUUUUCUUAGUACAGAAAAAAGGGAAAAAUAUUUCAUUUGGCAUUAAAGGUUUUUGCUUUAUUUUUUUUGUACAUAUAUACACACAGCAUGUAAACAUGUUACAGCAUUGAGGAAAGAACCUGAAUGGUCUUUUGUGCAUCA